AUGUCUUUGAACAGUGACAUUAUCACAGACAUUUUAGGCCGUGUGGGUGGUAUAACACUUGCAAAUGCAGAAUGUGCAUCUUCACACUUUAGAUCUAUUGCAAGGCAGGAGAAUUUAUGGGAAGAAAAAUGCUGCUCUGUGUGGCCUUCCACAAGGAAUGCAGAUAUAAAAGAACUGAUAUCUUCUUCAUUGGGUGGGUUCAAAAAAUUCUAUGCUGAUUGCUUUCCUGUAAUUGCAAAUGAUGGUGAAUCCAAUCCCAGGGAGCCCAUAAAUCUGUCUCUAAAUAGCCUAGAAGACCUAUCUGCUCUUCACUCUGAUUUUGUGUGGGUUGUGGAUGUGGUAUACAAGAAUAAACCCAUCUAUUCCAAAGUGAUUUCAGGCAUCCCUUCUGCAGAUGACUUUCCAGGUUUGUUCUAUUGCUGCCCUUUCAGGAUGGAGUUCAUUAACCUUUGUGAUGUUUUAGAUGACUGUAACAGCUAUGGAGAUGGGUUGCCAACAAUAUCUCUGCAGGGGAAGAAGAACCCCAAAUUUUGGGGACAUUUGAUGGACAAUGUUAGGUUAAGUUGGAUUCUGAUAAACCAGAGAACAGGGCAAGCUAUUAAUCUUUCAAGCUGGAAACCCUUGGUUGGGAGAAUGGAAUGGCCUUCUCAGAAGGACUUUGUAUUAAUAUUUGGGUCUAUACUACCUUCUCACAAAAUGUGUUCUUCCAAGUUUGUGCAGUGUGGGCUUUCCAUGAAGUGCAGGGUUUCAGAUAAGGAUCACACCAGUUUGAAGAUCACUGAACUCAGCAUGGAGUUGGAGGACAUGAUGGGGGUUAGAGUAAAUGGGAUGAAUAGUGUGGUUAUACUAGAAAAUGCUUUUGGUUGCAGGAGGAGUAAGGACCAUAAUCAGAUUUUGCAAGCUUAUCAGAAGUAUUUGGUAGAAAAGAGCAAGUUAAGGGAAAUGAAGAUGAGUAAAGGAGGCUGUGCAGAUGGUGUUUGGAUUGUCAGUGCCAUUGUUGCAUUGGCUACAUUUUCUUAUUUCAAUUUCAUAAGAAGUUGUGUUUUCUUCUGA